CGAUUGCGUUAUUUUUUUUAACGGAAUGUUCCGACACUUUAUGCCAUCAACAAAGGCUUCCUCUAGUCCUUCUGAAAGGUGUCUUUCUCCUCUCCCCUCAAUUCCCAGAUCUUGAAUUUUUAGCUUGUAAAUUCUUCAUGUCUGUCUACACUAUUGCCGGUCGUCAAUUCCAAAGCCACCAGCUCAGUCUUGCUGUCUUGGGAUCUGUUUUUGUAGGACCCUGGGUUUAUAGUAAGCUCUUUAAGAGACAAAAGGCUUUGAAAGAAGGAGAAAUGCCUCCUUUGAACGCCUCCAACAAAGAAGAAGAAGCCUUUAUUUUGAAAUACAUUAAAGAUCACAAGUAAACUACAAAACCUAAAACCGUAGAGAAUUGUUUGUCUACUUUUUAGGAUGCUUGUCUCUCUUUUCUUCUUCACAUGUUACCCGCUUUCUUUACCGUAAUUCUUUGUGUUUCAAUAACAUGUCUUUUCUUUUUCAUUUGCUUGAAUUUAAAUUGUAUUGGAU